UAAUUUCCAUCCGGGUUCUUCAGCCUCGUUCCCGGGUAGUAUAAAGAUUGCUGUCUCCUUUGUUCGCCCUCGUUGCGCAGUCGUCCCAGCGUCAUUUCUGUAUCGUACUGAAAAUCGGUAGCUGUCACUGGUGCGGCGCUGCUCAGAAGGCCCCAUCGGCGAGCUCAAAGGAGCUUGAGACUGUCGCCAUCCCCUCCGCAGAGGAAAGAUGGUUGAAGCAGAUCGCCCAGGAAAGCUCUUUAUUGGUGGGCUUAAUACAGAAACAAAUGAGAAAGCCCUGGAGGCAGUGUUUGGCAAAUAUGGACGAAUAGUGGAAGUGCUUUUGAUGAAGGACCGAGAAACCAAUAAGUCAAGAGGAUUUGCUUUUGUCACAUUUGAAAGCCCAGCAGAUGCAAAGGAUGCUGCCAGAGACAUGAAUGGAAAGUCCUUAGAUGGAAAAGCCAUCAAGGUGGAGCAAGCCACCAAACCAUCAUUUGAAAGUGGCAGACGUGGACUACCUCCACCUCCAAGAAGCAGAGGCCCUCCCAGAGGUCUUCGAGGAGGAAGAGGGGGAAGUGGAGGAACCAGAGGACCCCCAUCACGGGGAGGACACAUGGAUGAUGGUGGCUACUCCAUGAAUUUUACUUUGAGUUCUUCCAGAGGACCUCUUCCAGUAAAAAGAGGACCACCACCAAGAAGUGGAGGUCCUCCUCCUAAAAGAUCAGCACCUUCAGGACCAGUUCGCAGCAGCAGUGGAAUGGGAGGAAGAGCUCCUGUGUCACGUGGAAGAGAUGGUUAUGGAGGCCCACCACGAAGAGAGCCCCUGCCUUCUCGUAGAGAUGUUUAUUUGUCCCCGAGAGAUGAUGGAUAUUCCACUAAAGACAGCUAUUCAAGCAGAGACUAUCCAAGUUCUCGAGAUACACGAGAUUAUGCACCACCACCAAGAGAUUAUACUUACCGUGAUUAUGGUCAUUCCAGUUCACGAGAUGACUAUCCAUCAAGAGGCUAUAGUGAUAGAGAUGGAUAUGGUCGGGAGCGUGACUAUUCGGAUCAUCCAAGUGGAGGUUCCUACAGAGAUUCGUAUGAGAGUUAUGAUCAAAUAUUUACCAUUGCAAUAUGAAGGAAACUCAACAGUUCAAAAAAAUUGCAACUUAUCACUGGCAAGUGGCUGAGUGUCUACUCUAAAAUAACAAGCUGUCUGGACUGUCCUCUUGAAAUACACAACGUCUUCGGUCUUUUCAAACAAACGUUAAAAUCAAUCCGUUUCCGUACCUCAGCAGAUGAGCAAUUCCCUCUUAUGGCCAGCAAUGGUAGAGUUUAAAACUUCCCAGUUGAGAAAGUAAACUUUGAAUACAAAGAAUUCUGUAAAUUCAGAUUUAAAUGUUGUAUAUAUACAAUUUAUAGUGUUGCCAUAUUACCUGACCGUUGACCCUGCAGGUAACUCACGUAGUGCUCCACCUACACGAGGGCCCCCGCCAUCUUAUGGUGGAAGCAGUCGCUAUGAUGAUUACAGCAGCUCACGUGACGGAUAUGGUGGAAGUCGAGACAGUUACACAAGCAGCCGAAGUGAUCUCUACUCAAGUGGUCGUGAUCGCGUGGGCAGACAAGAACGAGGGCUUCCCCCUUCUAUGGAAAGGGGGUACCCUCCUCCACGUGAUUCCUACAGCAGUUCAAGCCGCGGAGCACCAAGAGGUGGUGGCCGUGGAGGAAGCCGAUCUGAUAGAGGGGGCAGAAGCAGAUACUAGGAACAAACAAAACUUUUGGACCAACAAUCCCCAUUCAAAGAAACAAACAAAAAAAUGGAAACUUUCUGUCAUAAACUACCCAAGGACUACUAAAGGAAAAAUUGUGUUACCUUUUUAAAAUUUCCUGUUCCCCUUAAUAAUUUUUAUGUUCUUGUGAGGGAAAAAGUAAGACAUGUUUAAUUUUAUUUGCUAUUAUGAGUUGCUUUCAACAAGCAAAUGUUAGAUGUGUAAGCCGUGACUUGUUACUAGUGUUGUAAUUUUCCAAGUAAAAGUGUCCCUGAAGGCCACUUCCUGAUUUUUCCCAGCAAAUGAGGCAAGCAACCCCAAGAUCUUCCACAAACAUUUAGCCAUCUAGAUGUCCUUUGGUCUCCAUUGAGAGUUGAAUCACCCUGCCUGUGCAGACAAGCUAGCCAUUAGAGAGGGUUGGUGGGGUGUGAGGAUUUCAGGGUGUCUUCCAACUGAAAUCUCAAUGUUCGCAGUAUAUAUAUAUUCAAACAAACAAACCAAGCUGAGAUCAGAUGCCUAGGCAUGUACUAUUUACCCAGAAACCCCCCCCCCUCAAAAAAAGCAAAUGGAUGCUGGCCAUAUUUUGCUUUUCUGACCUUUCCUUGGGAAUCUACAAGAACCUCCCUUCCCCCUCCCCGAGUAAGACCAUUUAAGUGUGUGUUAAACAACUACAAAAUACUAAAUAAAAAGUUUGGCCAAAAUCAACCAUGAAGCUGCAAAAACGAUGCUUGCUCUUACUGUUUCAAAUGUUUGCAACUCUGUAGUGUCUCACUUUUAAAGGAACAGCUUGAUUGCAAAGGAGAAAAUAGAUAAGCAAUGAAGUUAUCUCCAACCUCCUAAAGGCUUAUGACUUCUAAAAAGUGAAUCUAUCAGCAUUCCACAUCAGAUUUAAAGCACCAAAUGCCUGUGAAACAGCAAAGAUGGUAAGCAAAGCAAACUAGUUUUUCCGUCUAAGUCGAAAUUGAGCACUUACCUUCCUCAUAGUACAGUGAAGCCUACUGUACUUCAUGGCAAUGGAAAUGCCUUCUAGAUUAAAAAAACUUGGAAAAAACUCACAAAUGUUCAAUAGCAUAUUAGAAGUCCUCCAAAUUCAACACUUGGAAUUUUUUAACGCAUGUAUGACACUUAGAGGCGUUAAUGCAACCAUUUUGUUUAUCAAUAGCGAUCUGGGAAUCGGGAGGGGGUGACUUUUUUCUUACACAUUUUUGAUGAAGACCUGUAAACAUUUUUCAUGUUUGGACUUUUUUUUUCAAAUUAGUCUUUAGUCAAUAUAAGAAAUGGCUUAGGAUUGGGGUCCCCCUGUCUGACCCCUAUAAGCCAUUGCAAACUUGACCUUUAGUUGGAUGCCUGAUUGUUUUAGUUCUAUGAAACUACACUGUAUGGAGAAAAAAAAAUUAUUGCAAGUGGUCUUUAAAAAAGCAAAAACCUGAGGCAGCAUGACCCAGGUCCAGCCAUGAAGUUGAAAACGAUGCUCUUGAAUAUAGUAAACUUGAAGACCUCCAACUAAAAAUCCUUAGACUGCACUUAUUCCUUCAAAUGUUUUGUCGGUUCAACUUAUGGAUUUAACGUGGCAGUGCUCCAUUGGAAAAGAAUGAGAAUCCAUAAGCCAUGCAACUUAACCAUUUAAGCCAUUCCAGUCCAUCCCAAGCCAGUGAACCUUCCACCAAUUAAGAGAAGUAGUAGAACAUGAAAUAUGCAUUUAAGCUGCAAGUCUGAACUAGCCUGAUCUUUCUGGAAGGGGCGGGCAGUUAUAGGCAAGUGUUCAAGAACUUCCUUGAGAGAAAUAACUAGUUUUCUUUUAUGUAAUUUUUGCAGGUUGAACCUAAUGGUCAUACAGUCAUGGAGUGCUGAUUGAUUCACAGUAGAUAAAGCUGGCAGUAAGAGACAGUCAAAUGAUCAGAGUUGUCUUUGAAGCAGAGGAAUGCUGAGACUAAGCCACAGCACUUACUGACCCAGUACUCAUCAGAAUUGGUUUGGUACAGGCAAUAGAUUUUUUUGUCUUCAAGGGAGGGAGGCUGGUUAAACCUUAAUUCAAAUUAACCCAUUAGAAAAAGGGAGACUAGUCGGUAAGUGGAAGUACCUGUCCAAGACGUUCGGGUGACUUUUUAUAGACAGUUCAGUAGUUCGGACAAACUGAUGGGGCAGCUGGGCAAUUUAGACUGCUCAAUGACUAGAAGAAAAUUGAAUUAGCUGCGACUGUAACUCCAUGGUGGAGUGCUUGCCUAAGUACCAGUGAGGACUAGAGUUCAACCCCUGGCGGCACACAGACACAUUUCAAUCAGAAAAGUUAUACCUCAGUGGUAACUUUAUUCACUGAUGUCUGAUUUUCAGCAAGGAACCCAUUUGAAUUGCCUCAUAAGGAAGAAAUAUUAUUAGUCGUCCUGUAAAACUUAGGGGAAGAGCAAUGCUAGGAAAUGAAAGUAAAAACUAGAAACAUUAUUAGGCCACUGGAGUGCACGUUGGAAACAAAAAUAGGUCACUAGGUCGCUGUCGUUUUUAUAAAGGUACUUUACCCUCAGGUCUCCAUCUCGGAAACUAAUCAUGAUAGUUUACUGCUUUGGAAACUAAGAGCCAGUCAUGUAAAUGCAGAUAUUCUCAACAGAAGCAGGUCAAAGAAUUUAACUCAACCUCUGCGAUUUUUCUUAUGAAUUUGUUCCAAUACUGUUAUAGUUAAAAUUUCAAGCCUUCCAUACUCUAAUCAGGCCUGGAGUGGGUUCUCUUGACAUUUUAUGUAAAUUUUUUAAAGAUAGUUUGUCAUGGUCAAUACUAGAUAAAUAUGAAUGUUAAAGUAGGGAGAAAAAUUUGAGACCUUUUUGACAAAUGGUAGAAUAGAGAAUCAGCAGGCCUAAAUCCGCAAUUACAAAACUUAGCCUUGGUUCUUUUGCCUAAACUCUGGUUGUAGAAGAAUUUGAGUAAUCCAGAAAGUGUUGUGGUUUAUGUGGUAGCUGGAUGUAGAACAUAGGGAAUAUAGAUCAUUUUUUGGAAUGUUUUGUACUGAAACCCAAUAAAACUUGAACAUGUA